AUGUAUUCACUCGCGACUGUAGUUGUGUUGGUACUUGGUGGCUUUGCAGUCCCAGGGAGCACUGCUCCAAGUUUGAAAUCCGGGGCAGCGAGUGCAGUUUGUCAGGUAGAAGGACAUUUACUACGACAAAUGAGACAUAAGGUCCAUGCCCUGUCUAAAGAUGCUCAAAAGCACGACGAGGACACGGAGACGAGACUAGUGGGAAAGGAUCUAUUUGGAGGCCUGGAGGAAUCUGGUAGCUGCUACGUUCUCAAAGAGGUGAUUGACUUCUACCUUGGAACCGUUCUCCAACCUGACCAAUUGCACGCCAAAUAUUCGCAUCUAAACGACGUUAAAGAGUUUCUCGCCGUUCUGAUGAAACGGCACAUGUCUGCUUGCGAUACUGAAGAUAAAACGAAAGCCAACAAAAACAUCGAACGACUGAAGCAGAAAGUGGAGAAGCUCGGCGAGGCGAGUGAGGCCAAGGUUGUCGGGGAGAUGUUCAUCCUCCUCCAGGAGAUAACGAACCGCUGUUCAACAGCAGGUUGGAAACCCGGACACCAGGGGAGAUCACGAAUUAAUAACUGAGGAAAGAAAACCAAGACGCAAGGAAACAGUACUAGU